ACUCUUGCAUAUGAUCUGGCGGACAAACCUCUACUGGAUGUGGAGCCGAGACUGGGCCCUGAAAUUGGGAAGAUGAAAAUGAGGUAGAGUUUGGGGAUCAGUGACCUUUGCUUUUGUAAACUUUUUAGAUCUGUUGGUCUUUCUGGUCAUUUUUAUCAAACCCUCUUCCUCUGAGAUAAGAUCAGACUCGCCACUGGAAUCAGCAUCACUAUCGCUUGAAGAACCAAGGAAGUUGUUCUGCCAUUCAAAGAAGUGAAACAAAGAUUUACGCCUGGAUUAUCAACCAUUGUGAACACCUACUACUCACCGACUCUAGAUGGGUUCAGUCUUUGGGAAGCUCUGCUGCUGCUGCUGCUGUGCUGGAGACAACGACGACGACGAUGAAAAGCAGCCUUUAGUACCCCAGGAUCCGUUGGAGUAUUUUAACCGGGAAGUCCAGAAGCGUCGCGAUGAGGAGACCAACCUGUGGAGUGAGCCAGGCGACCGCAGCCACUCGGAGAGACCAGACGACCGGGUCCUUUACGGCCUGCUGCAGGCCAGGACCAAGACCCGCAUGGGAUCCACGGGCUAUCGCCGACUAAGUGUUGACAUUGAGGCCAUGAGAGAUACCCGUCGAGAAGUCAGAGAGAAAUGGAAGCAAAUCCUGGAGAACUUGGGUUUCAUGGCAGAGGCAGACUCACUGCUGAAUGUGUCUGCUGGAGCCUCACAUGACCGUAUGCGUAAUGCCCCAGCAGCACGUGAGCUGCUUCAUACGCUCCACACUGAGACGUCCGUCUUUUACAGCAGAGAGCCACCGCCAGAAAGAUAUCUCCUAAUCCUGGACCGUCUUCUGUAUCUAGAUAUAGCUGAAGAUUUUUUGGCAAAGGCGAAGCGCUUCUAUCCUCCAAACGAUGAUUCUGACGAGGAGGUGCCGGGCCUGGCCAUAAACCUGCCGCUGCUGAUGGCCAGGGUAGAGGCCAUGAACGGAAGAGCCACUGAAGAAGAUGAGAGCGAGAGAGACGAUUGAAACCUGAGUGACAGAUCUUAA